AUGGAGCACCGCGCCGCACCUGUUGUUCCCCCUCGCAUAGGGUCUGCACCAUUAACGCAAGGGCCCUCCUCGUUUCAGCGACCCACAGGUCGUGGAAUUGGCUUUCAUCGGGCCGGACUCGGUCGGGGCGUCAACAGCGGCUCACCCCUCCACCACCAGGCGGCUCCGUCUCCAUCGGCAGGUAUUUUUGACCGCACAUCGGCUCCUGCCCCUGGAACCGCCGAGUCCCCAGUGUCCAGCUACCCGGAAGACUGCGUCUACGAGAUCGCUGAGUUUACCAGAUUGCAGAACACAAAAUGUUUGCCACCCAAGGGCAUUCUCCAAUUCGCAACGGAUUUGUGGAAGGAGAUGCCAGAGAACAACGUCAACAAGCCCGAGCAUAUAUUCUCCCGCGAGGACCUCUUCCAGGGGGAGUCUGCGCCUUCUAAGGUGAUGAGUGAGCGGAAGUUGCACAACGAGGUACUAGGUAUUCUCGGGAAAGUAAGUGAAGACAACAUUGAACUUAUGAAGAAGGAGUUGACCAAUCUUCCCAUUCGUCAAUCCGACGAUGAAGAAAUUGAAGAGGUUAUUAGGGUGAUUUUUCACAAGUCCAUUCAACCGGAGGACAGCAUCUUUGUACAGCUUUAUGUUAAGCUGAUUGCUCACUUGAUCAGUAGCAUCGGUGACAACGAACCUGCGGGUCGACGCAUUCGCAGUGCAAUUAUUAGGCAGUCACAGAAUAUGUUUGAGAAGGCUGAUGAUGCUCAAGGAAAGCUGGAGCGGGAGAUUGCGGGCCUUCCUGAGGAUGAGGCGGAGCAACGCCGAAUGAACUUCGCCGCGAAGCAGAAGGCAAACAUCAAUUUUCUGGGUCUCCUCUUCACACACGGUCUCGUGCGCGAGAAGGUAGUCUUGCAGAUCCUUCAGUGGCUUUUGUACGGUCCGGAGACGAAACGACGUAUACCCGCUGAUUACGAAAUAAUCCAUUUCAUGAAUCUCCUUCUGACGUGCGGGAAAGAUUUUUCCAAAGAGGGUGCGGAGCUCGUGCCGCACUUUCGCUCCGUGCUUCAGGACCUCAUGCACACUCACCCCCAGCGGCGCAUUCAGUUCCUAUUGCUAAACACACUUGAGACAAUAGAUAAUAAUUGGGUGCCGCGUCAUGGGGCCGCUGCGGCAGCGGCGCGAAGUUCAGGAGACCGAGGAGGUAACGUGACAGGGACGGGUGAUAGCGAGCGUGAACGACACCCUUUGCCACCGAUACCGCCCCCGCUUAAGCCUGUUCCGUCCCGGGAUAAGUUUUGGGCGGCCAUGGACAAGUACUUCACAGCUGAAAGUUUGGAGGAGGUGUCGUUGCUAUUGGCAGACAUCCCAGAGGAGACACGCAUAGCAUACUGUUCCUCCAUUAUUCACCGCUAUAUCACAACAAUGCGAUAUGCAGAUCAACGCGCUCGGCUCGGCGAGUUGUUCGAGAAAUUGGGGAACGCGAGGGUGCUACCUGUCAGUGAAGUGAGACAAGCGCUCCGUAAGCAUCUCAGGGAUGCAGUCGAGCAAGAUAUCUUUACCGACCUUCCGAAGUACUUCCAUAACUGGGCAAUUGUUAUAAAGGGAGGUCGUAGUGUGUUCCCACUUUCCUUCCAUACAGAUUUCCUGGAUAUGCUCGUUGACUGCGGGGGAAGCCGCGACCACAUAGCCAAUAUGCUCAAAGAAGUUCAAGCUGUUCUCAGCGAGGGGCCGAAAAACAGCAACGCCGAUUACGACCCGAAGUCCCGCUUCCGUGUACUACCGGCACUGCUGCGGUAUUCUCCUCCGCUUCUGUCAGGUACAGUGGUGGAUGAAUCAGACGACAUUUUGAGGCAAUUUACCACAUAUGACACGGAGGUGGAAUUCUUCAACCAGUUAUGUGAUGCAGACGGAGCAAAGAAUGUUCCUCUUUUGAAUGGUCCCAUUUCGCGGUCCCUCCACCAUCAGUGCUGCCUCAUAUCGGCUUUCUUUACCUUUGUUCGAUUUGACGUGGAGCAUCUCUGCCGUGAGCACAAGGAGACGCUGAAGAGGAUGGUAAAUUCAAAGCAACCCCUUCACCAGCUACUAGAAGAGGUAUUUGUGGCGUGGCAAUCUCUUGGUCGAACGCCGGAGAGAGCCUUUGAGGACUUCUUAAAGGCAGUUCGGCCUUUCGUUUCUCCAAAAGAUGCCUUCGACAAGUUCAAGUCACAUUUAACGACAAAGUACGGCGAAACUGCUAAGGAGGCCUUUGCUGCGUUUGAGAAAUCUAAAUAA